AUGCACGACACCGACUUCACUCGCAGAUUGCGAUCCGUCGCUUCGCCCGCGCAGCCUCGCUCUAAUACCAAGCGGUCACAGUUCACCCACCACGACUUGGAUCGGGAUGUGUUUAGCGACCUAGAGCCACCCGGCACACGAGCACUGAGCCCGAAGCUCAAGGGCAAGGGCAAGGUCGUCGAGCGCGACUAUGGAGACCGCUUCAUCCCUACGCGGGAUAACGUCGAUAUCCAUACCACCUACUCGCUCCUUUCUGAGGAAGGAGGGUACCUGAAUGGGCAGAUCAAGCCUCGCGCUCGCGGAAGGAACGUUGUCAGCUUGAGCUCUGACGCUGAAGCUCGUCGAGAGGAGGUGCACGCAACAUUCUCUAACCUUCUUAAGAACGAGCUGCUGCCGGGAUCGAUCACGCCCUCACGUUCGACGUCACCGUCAAACCGGCCGUCGCCGUCGCGGCUCGUUCGGGGGCGCAACACUGUCACCUUCAGCUCGUCGCACCAUCCCAACCUUCCCCAAUCCAACGCUCCACAGUCGAGUGCGGGGACAACACCUUUGCACCACCACCCGCCGCCAGGCGUCACGGGCGACCGAGCAGAUCGAGAGUUAUCGCCAGCAUCGCACCUUCCACCGUUGCCACUACAUGCUCCAUCGACCCCAACAUCCGGACAUACCCGCCCACCAGGAGCCGGGCCAAGUUCUUCACAACAUCGCGCACACCAGUCGCAGGUCGCGCUGACUUCUGCGGCGGCGGGAGCGGCCACACCGCCAAGUCGCAGAAUAGCGUACUCACCACCUCCUGGCAGAGCAUCACCGUCAACACCGUCCAAGAAGCGUAUCUACAAAUUCUCCUCUCCAGCAUCGAGAAGGAUGGCCGAUCUUACCAACGGCAGCAAUCUCGACGACAUGGGCCACGAGCGGUACAGCGUCAGCCCUGUCGGCCGCAGCACGCAGAGCGUCCUCCUCAGCCCGCGCAAGAGCGUCAGACAGAUUUCGCGGACACCAUUCAAGGUUCUCGACGCUCCCGAGCUGCAAGACGAUUUCUACCUCAACCUCGUGUCAUGGUCACAAUCCAACGUCCUAGGCGUCGGACUGAACAGCUGCGUCUACCUUUGGAGCGCGCAGACAAGUAGGGUCACUAAAUUAUGUGACCUUGCUGCCUCGCAAGGUGAAGAUGGGGGGGACUACUCGACAGACUCCAUCACUGGGUUAGAGUGGACGAACAAGGGAAGUACUCUUGCGAUUGGGACAGCAAGGGGUGUUGUCGAGAUCUGGGACGCCGAGUACUGCAAGCGUAUCCGCACGAUGACCGGCCACAGCGGUCGCGUCGGCUGCCUCGCCUGGAACAACCACAUCCUCUCGUCUGGGUCGCGGGACCGCACCAUCCUCCACCGGGAUACUCGUGCACCCGAGCACUACAUCCGUCGCUUGUCUGGACACCACAAACAGGAGGUGUGUGGCCUCAAAUGGAACGCGGACACGGACCAGUUGGCCAGUGGCGGCAACGACAAUAAGUUAUUCGUCUGGGGUGGCACCGACAAUCGGCCCACAUGGCGAUUCGGCGAGCAUCGCGCCGCCGUCAAGGCCAUAGCCUGGAGUCCCCACCAGCGCGGCGUCCUCGCCAGCGGUGGUGGUACCGCCGAUAAGAAGAUCCGGUUCUGGAACAGCUUAACAGGAGGCCUCGUCAGCGAGUGGGACACUGGGUCUCAAGUGUGCAACCUCAUGUGGUCGCGCAACUCGAACGAGAUCGUCUCCACGCAUGGCUACUCGGCUGGCCCGAUCCAGAACCAGAUCCACAUUUGGCGCUACCCCUCCAUGACGCAAGUGGCAACGCUCACUGGACACACAUUCCGUGUCCUCUACCUAGCCAUGAGCCCCGACGGACAGACGAUUGUCACGGGCGCUGGCGACGAGACGCUUCGGUUCUGGAAUGCGUUCCAGCGGCCGAGUGGCGAAGGGCGCGUCAACCUUUCGUCCAAUGGCCCGAGUGGUCUAAACCCUUUCGCCAAGUUGCGAUGA